UUGACUGGCGCCUGCGCAGUGCGGUCGGGGAGCUGUCAGUGCGGUAUGAUAGAGUGGUGCUGAGUAUGUCCCGGGCCGAGCUGUGACAUGGAGUUCGCCGAGCUGAUUAAGACUCCCCGGGUGGACAAUGUGCUCCUGCACCGGCCCUUCCACCCGGCGGUGGGUGGCACUCUGUGUCUGACCGGCCACCACCUCAUCCUCAGCUCCCGGCAGGACAACAUGGAGGAACUCUGGCUCUUACACUCCAACAUAGACUGCAUCGACAGGAGGUUUGUAGGUACAGCUGGUACGAUCACCAUUAAGUGCAAGGACCUGCGCAUAAUUCAGUUGGAAAUCACCGGGAUGGACGAAUGUCUGAAUAUAGCAAGUUCAAUUGAGGCCUUGUCCACACUGGAUUCUAUCACACUGAUGUACCCUUUCUUCUAUCGCCCCAUGUUUGAAGUCACAGAGGACGGCUGGAACUCAUUCCUUCCAGAACAAGAAUUUGAACUUCUUAGUUCAGAGACAGAUGAGUGGAGACUCAGUCGUGUGAAUCAAGAUUUCUCAGUCUGCCCGUCUUACCCCUCAGUUGUUGUUGUUCCAAAGUCAAUCGAUGAUGAGUCCCUUAAGAAGGUGUCCCAGUUUCGUCAAGGGGGACGAUUUCCAGUCCUUAGUUACUUUCAUCGGAAGAAUGGCAUGGUAAUAAUGCGCAGUAGCCAACCUCUUACCGGGACAAACGGCAGGCGGUGCAAGGAAGAUGAAAAGCUGAUUAAUGCAACUUUGAGACCUGGGAAGAGGGGAUACAUCAUAGAUACUCGCUCCUUGAAUGCGGCUCAGCAGGCCAGAGCAAGGGGCGGUGGGUUUGAACAGGAAGCAUACUAUCCGCAAUGGAGACGAAUUCACAAGUCCAUUGAGCGAUAUAACAUUCUACAGGAGAGCCUGAUUAAGCUCGUAGAGGCUAGUAACGACCAGUCCAACAACAUGGAUCGCUGGCUCAGCAAACUGGAGGCCUCCAAUUGGUUGACUCAUAUCAAGGAGAUAUUGACAACUGCUUGCCUUGCUGCCCAGUGCAUAGACAGGGAAGGGGCUUCUGUGUUGGUUCAUGGAUCAGAAGGCAUGGACUCCACUUUACAAGUGACAUCUCUCGCACAGAUCAUCUUGGACCCAAAGUGCCGGACUCUCAGAGGAUUCGAAGCUCUGGUAGAGAGAGAGUGGCUGCAGGCUGGUCACCCAUUCCAGCAGCGUUGUGCUCAAUCUGCUUAUUCAAACAGCAAACAAAAGUGGGAGGCUCCAACAUUCCUCCUCUUCCUGGACUGCGUGUGGCAGAUUCUUCGUCAGUUUCCGUGUUCAUUCCAGUUUAAUGAGAGAUUCCUCAUCACACUAUUCGAGCAUGCCUAUGCUUCUCAGUUUGGCACCUUCCUGGGCAACAAUGCUCUAGAAAGAGCUAAAUUAAAGUUACAGCAGAAAACAAUGUCUCUGUGGUCCUGGGUGAACCAACCAACCGAGAUGAACAAAUUCAUGAAUCCGUUGUUUGAAGCAAAUGGGCUGGUGAUCUGGCCGUCUGUGGCCCCCCAAAGUCUUCAGCUGUGGGAAGGGGUCUUCCUUCGAUGGAAUAGAUCCUCCAAGUAUUUAGAAGAUGCUUAUGAAGAAAUGAUCCACAUUAUAGAGUACAACAAGGAGCUUCAGGUGAAAGUAAACGCACUGAGACGGCAAUUAGCAGAGCUGGAAACCGAGGAUGGUGCUCUGGAGACCCCUUAACGCCUUCAUUUUACUGUAUAAAAUCCUGUCUAUCCCAGACAGACUUCAUGUUUACACUAUCUGUGAUGCAUGCACUACAUGUUUCCCUGGUUCAAUUUAUCUUAAAUCCUUUCAAUGUCAGAAGGGCUGGCAACAUUACAUACCUCGUUGGCAGUUUAUAAGACAGGGUUGGCCAAAGACUAGCAAUCUAACUGUUGUUCAACUACAACUUGCAUGGUGCUUUGCCAGCCUACAGAUUGGCACUAUUGAUUUCAGUGGGUUUGUCACCUUCCCAAAUAUCUUGCCUUAAAGGAAGCUUCUAUCAGGGUUGUAUUUUACGGUUUGCUCUUUCUAACUCCCUUAUUCCAACCCUUGGUGGAAUUUGAUCUGUUCUGGCACUUUUUGCGAAAGGAAAAGGAGACUCACUCUAACAGGAAAAUGAAAUACACCAUUUGUACACUUCUGCAGAAGCUAAAAGGCCCUUAACUAAUAACGCCAAUUCUGAAAUAUGUAACACUAUUACAUCAUUUAAAAUAAAUUAAUAAAUAAAUAAAAACAUAAUGUAAUUUGAUUCCAACGGCGCAUUUAAUGAAAUUCUAAUCUUAAAGGUGGCACGUUCAUUUACAUUUUUUCCUUUUUAUACUAAACGCAUAGUGAUGAUUUAAGGAUUGUUGGUAGAGCCAAUGAUGUAUGUAAAAGUGGGUCAUGCUCUUAAAGGUAAACUCUCUCCUAAAUAUAGCAAAUGCACCAAUGUUUGUUUGUUCAUAACCUUUCACUUGAAGUGUGUAUAUUUGUGCUAGGCUGUGUUGUAAUGGUGUAAUCUUACCACUAGAUGGAGCUGUUAGUCGCAGUAAUUUCCUGCCUUGGCCCUUGAGAAUCCCCCUUUUGACUCACCUGUCCUCUGCAAAUUUUGCACAUUGUUUUCAUUAACCUUUAAUAUACAUUCUCUUGAAUGUUUUUUUUUUUUUUUUUUGUUUCUACAUUUCUCGAAGUACAUUUAAAUGUAACAUGUCCAUACAGCAACUUAUUGCUAAUGUAUAUAUUAGUCCUAGAGGAGGAUUGGACAAACUGCAAAUCUCCAGCCCGUUUGGACUUCCAUUCCUAUAAUUCCAACCCGAGUAACUGACUGCCAGUAUUGGGAGCUGCAGUUCAGCAACAGGUCCCGACCUCUGUCCUAGAAGGAUCUAAAAUACCUGGAACAUCGCUAUACACUCCAGUAAUUAUUAUAAAAUGCUAUUUACUGUGAAACAUUAAACGGUGUUUCUGUAA